AUGUCGCAUUCGCAGGAGGAAUCAAAAUCAAGUGGUGAAAGGACUCCAAAUCAUCAUUCGGACCGAGCUACGAUGAAUUCAGGAAGCAAAUCCAAAGGCGCCUCGUCAGCAGGCAUCCAAAUCAGUGUUGCGAGGAGUGCGCCGUCAAAAGAGUCGACAAAGACAGGGCCAAAAAGAAAAUCAGUACGAUUCACUGAUAUUCAAAUCCGAGAUUACGAGAGAACUGUCGGAGAUAAUCCCAGUUGUAGUUCUGGACCGCCUAUCUGUAUCGGAUGGGCACAUGGACAGACACGGUUUGUAAACAUUGAUAGCUAUGAGCAUUCAAGAUCGGCUCGAAGGACACAGAGAAAGUUGGUACUGAAUCGACAAAACAGAGAAGCGCUUCUUGCAUAUUGGGCUGUUCCCGUCAAUGAAAUUGUGGAAGCGAUCCGAGGGAAUGUGAGAGUAAAAAAUCAACGGCGGCAGACGGUAACCAAUCUUGGAAAGGUUGAAAAGCUAGAAGAGGCAUUUGAGAGUGCCGCGCGAAAAUUGAAGAAGACUUUGUUGAAACGUAGAAAAGGAGGGAAACUAAAGGGAUACCCAGUUCAUUCACGUAUAGCUCCAACGCCUGCUAUGGGUGCCAUGAAACUACGCAAUGGAGAGCACUUGCGAGACUUUCAUGCAAUAUCUCCUGCGGAGAGAGCUACGGCCGGUCAGGAAACUAGCGAAGUUAAAGAUGGAACCGAAUAUUGGGGCGAAGAUGCUGAUCAGCAUGGUGCUGGAAAACCCCCUGAAAUUGUGUAUGAAAAUGACGACACCGGAUCAUCGCUGAGUGGGUUCACAAUUGGAAAUAGUACGACGGCAUCAAUCAUGGAAAUCGAAAGAUUCUAUCGCGAAUUGGAAAUGGAAAUGUUUGGAGAUCUUGACGAACCACCAUCGAUGGUUGGGCAGACGUUAGAAGUCCCCGGAGUUAACAUUCCUGAUGAUCAAAUGUACGGAGAGGAUACUAUGGAAGCUUCGGAUCGAAGUGACCUCAGUAUUGGAACUGCAGGGAAACAUCGUAACACUUCAGCUGACGAAGUAUUGAAAAACCAUAGAGGUGAAGGUCGAGUGUUUGCUCGUCAUGCAAGCGAAAUAACCAUGGACGAUGAUCUUGGACUUCAAGAAUCAUCGUCGGUUUCUAGACAAAGAAACCACGGGACGCGGAUUCCACAAUACUUUCAUGACAACUACGAAGAAUCGCCUCAUCCAGCCAUGUACGGGGAGACUUCGUACGAUGAUUAUUCUCGUUUGAGCCGGACAGUUGAAUCCCUGGAUUUGAACCAUUCUCCCAAUACGAGGAAUAUGGGUGGUACAAUUGAAAUGCCCAUACACUACCAAUAUCCAGCCCCUACCAUGCGGGCGCCCGAACAUUUUCAUAGAAAUCAGCACCGCCGAUCAUUGUCGGACAGGAGAGUGCAGUCAUUACGUGAUGGUCCUGAAAUACGAUACAUGCCACUCCAAGCACAUAUAUCUCCGUCGCAGUUCAUGGGAGAAGGUAUUCCUGGACAGUUCAGUCGAAAUGUGCACGAACCUGUGACGAUAUGUGAAGAUACGGAUGGAGAGGAUCAACUCCUCUUGUUUGGAGCUGGACAAUCAAAUCGUGGCCAACAAUAUUUCAAUCACUUUCCGCCGGAGCCGCAAUUCCAAGAUCUAAAUGGCCCUCCCCAGACCUACUAUAGAUAA